GGGGCUGUGGAAGUAGAGAGGGGAGAGAGUCUAACAAGAGGUUUGGAUUACCACCCUGCCUCCUGUCUCUUUCUCUGUAACACGCAGACACACAUAGCCACACAUCUGCAGUCAAUUUGAACAUAACGUUUACUCUAAAUAGCCUCUCCCAGAUUAUGCAACAAAAAGACUAACACUUGGAUUUGGAGUUUGGACUCUACUUCUUCAAUAACUGGACUCUAGGAAACCACAGUGGGUUCAACGUUUGUUGCUGCACAGGGAUUUGAGAGUUGGAAUAUGAAGUAUCUUCCUCUAACCUGUGUGGUCUUGGCUGUGACCUUUGCUUUUCUGGGAGGUCCUGGAGCUCAUGGAGGUGAGAUACUGGUCUUCCCUGUGGAGGGUAGCCACUGGGUCAACAUGAAACUGCUGAUUGAGGGGCUUCACGCCAGGGGUCACAAGGUCACAGUGAUCCGCACAUCCAAUAGCUGGUACAUCAAGGAGGACUCACCACAUUAUAGUUCCAUCACCAUCACCAUGCCAGAAGCGAUGAGCAUUGAGAAGCAAGAUUUCUUUGUGACCUUCCUGGUUAGGAUGUUAGAGAUCCAGAAGGAAGGAGCAUCAGUGAUGGCGUUCUUAUCCUUCUACUCUGAGAUGUUAACUGCAUUGUCAAAGAUGCACGAGGAAGCUAGCCAGUUGGUGGUGCAGAUGUUUGAAAACAAAGAUCUGAUGCAGAGUCUUCGGGAUACCCAGUAUGAUAUGGUUCUUUUGGACCCUGGUUUACCUGUCGGGGUACUAGUGGCCCAUGAGCUCAAGCUGCCCACUGUCUUUAAUGUGAGGUGGAUCACUAGUGGGGAGGGACAUUUUGUGGUGGCCCCCUCACCAGUAUCCUACGUGCCCACCUCGGGAUGUGCAGUCCCAGAUAAAAUGACUUUCAGCCAGAGGGCUAAGAACAUGUUCCACUACUUCCUAAACAUGUACAUCGAUAGUUUUGUGGUUAGUCCUCAUUAUGAUAGGCUGGUAGAGAAGUACUUUGAGCCUGGAACUAACUUCUACCAUCUUCUGCAAGGCACAGACAUCUGGCUCAUGAGGGUAGACUUUGUCUUUGAGUUUCCCAGGCCUACAAUGCCUAACAUAGUGUACAUUGGUGGCUUUCAGUGCAAGGACUCCAAACCUCUACCAAAGGAGCUUGAGGAGUUUGUGCAGAGCUCAGGUGAGCAUGGGGUUGUCUUAAUGUCCCUGGGAACACUAGUUCAAGGCUUGCCUUUGGAAAUAACCAAUGAGAUUGCUGCAGCUUUUGCCCAGCUUCCUCAGAAGGUCAUAUGGAGGUAUCAAGGUGAGCGACCAACAACAUUAGGUAACAACACCAUGUUAAUGAAGUGGAUUCCCCAAAACGAUCUUCUGGGCCAUCCAAAGGUCAAGGUCUUUGUGGCCCACGGUGGAACCAAUGGGGUCUAUGAAUCCAUGUAUCAUGGAGUACCAAUUGUAGGCUUGCCACUUAUGUUUGACCAGUUUGAAAAUCUCUUAAGAAUGGAGACACGGGGUGCUGCUAAGGUGCUAGAAGUCACUAAGCUCACGAGCCAGAACUUUCUAGAAGCUAUUCAAGAUGUCCUACAUGACCCCUCCUACAAGAACAACAUGCAACGACUUUCUAGUCUUCAUCGGGAUAAACCUAUGCAUCCUUUAGACACUGCCCUCUAUUGGAUUGAAUAUGUCAUAAGGCAUAAAGGAGCUGCCCAUUUGCGUACAGAGUCCUAUAAGAUGCCUUGGUACUCAUAUCAUUCCCUUGAUGUGAUCAGUUUCCUACUGGCUAUUUUGUUUCUGUUGGCAACCCUUACAGUGGGAUCUAUCCGCUUUUUUUGUUUCAAAUCAUGCAGGAAACUGAAAACUAAAAAAGAUUAAGAAUAGAUAUUUUUUUAACACUACUAAAUCGUCCUCAAUAGAUGUGGUAGAAUAGUUUAUUAAUACAUUUUUGAUGGGUCAUGACAUGAGGCAAUUUAGUUGGAUAGUUCUAACUUCUUGUAAAUGAAUUACACUUGACUUCAAAUACAUAAAUGCUUUAUUGCAUUAUAAGUGUUUAAAAUAUAAUUGUAGUGACUGUGUUUAUUAAAUUACAUUCUAUUAAGCUACUGUAUGUCAAUAAUCCUCCCUCCCCAUGUGUCCUCAGUCGAACCAUGUUGACAUGUAGGGCUCACCGUUGUUUUAUUGACUAGUACAGCAAAAGUUACUAUAAACUACUGAACUAAACAAUGACUGGGUCACUGUCAUGGCUGUGAGGUUAAAUAAAAUACAAUUCAGCAAUUAUAAUUAUUAAUUGCUCUCUGAAUUGACAAGACUUGUUAUACCGUAGGUCUGCUUGUUUGUAAGAAAA